AAUCUAGAAAAAAUAAAAGUGAAUUUAGUUAAUUAAUUAUUGUGAAAAAAAAUCACAAGAAUUCGUGAUCUGGACACAGGAAGCAAAUGAAAUUUAUCUAGAAUUUAAAUUGUAUAAAAAUGAAUCCACCGUCGGCUCUAUACGGUGCAAUGAAUAAGGAGCGAAAGCCGUUUACCUACACUCCUGGUGGACUAGACCUGUCACAGAUUAAAUCAGAACGUAUGGCCCAAAGACUGAUGAGAAAUGCAAUGGACCAAGGUGUCCCGGAGCAACCGACCCCACAUCUACAAUCGCCGCCGACACCCACAGCAUUAAACGUGCCCAAUUUUAAUUGUUUACCAGUACAAGUGUUCCCAACUUUCCCACUUCCAUCGAAUCCAAAAUCAUUAUUGAAGACGAGAAGCAACCAACAAAAGGAACCAUGUUUACAAGAUAUACCAAAUUCUGAACAAUUACAAACAGAUUUCAAUCAAAUUGGUUUAAAACAAUGCUUUGAAAACAAUAAUCAAAAUAUAUCGAAUUAUAAUCAACCAAAUAACGAUAGCAAAAACAAUGAACAAUCUUUACCAUUAUAUGAAUAUACUCCGCCUAUAGUUCGACCUUACCCGUGUGAAACAAGUUCUCCCAAAUGUUACAUACCUAAAGCAAAAGAAUUAUUAACCAAUGAAGAUAAUCAGUACAAAUACUAUGAUGAUUCUGUGAAUAACAGAAGCAGUUUGGCAUACGAACCUUCUGUCACAACCAGCUCAGAUACAACGCAAAAAUCUUUAAUGACUUCGACUUACACAAUGGAAAAAAAUAUACCUGAAACUUUAGAAGAGGUGAUAGGAACUGAAAAUAAUCAGAGUGAAACAAAAGUCGUUAAGAAACAAGUUGAAACAGAAAAUAAUACAGAAGAACAAAAUGGUGACGCGAAUGUUGAAGCUGCUGUCACCAUAAAGUUACCUGGUAAAAAAUCGUCAGCUAAGACAGAGACAAAAGUGGAAGUAGUUAAAAACGUUCGACCAGAUGGAUCCACUGAAGAGGUUAAAACCACAACAACGAAGACCACUAUUGAUGGAAAAACGGAAAUAAAAACCAAAACGGAAACAACCAUUAUACCAAAAGAAGAAGAAUAUGAAGAGGAAGAACUUGUAGAGGAGGAGGAAGAAGAAGAAGAAGAGGAAGAUGAACAAGGGACUGCAGUUGUUGAAGAAACUGUUGCAACAAAGGAAGACCAAAACGAAAACAACGUAGAAAAUUCAGAGGUAGACGAAGAAACAAAACAGGAACAAAAAGAAAAUUUGAGUACUCAAGAAGAAACUUCGGAAACAAUAGUAACAAAACAAGUAACAGUAACUCAAUCUGAACAAAACCAGGAAAAUUCUGAUGAAGAAGUUGAAGAAGAAGAAGAAGAGGAAAAAGAAGUUGAACUUGAAAGUAAAAACGAAGAAAGUCAGGUUGAAAAUAAAGUAACUGAUAAUAGAGAGGAAUCGGAAGAAGAUGCUGACGAUGAGGACGAACAAACAGACAUCCAAAAUGAGAAGAUUCCGAAACCCGAAGAAGAUGGUGUUCAAGAAAACCAGGAGCCUGAAACUAAACCAGAGGAAAAAGUAGAAGAAUUAGAAAUUGUUGAUACUACUGAAUCUGAAGUAAUCGAAACACCAUUAGAAGAAACAAAUAAGACGGAGGAUGAAACAGAAAAAGAAGUUACUACAGACGAUAGCAAAAGUACCACAAACGUCGACAACGAAGUGGUUGUUAGUCAACUUCGUGAUAACGAACAAUCCGAAAACAGUACAGCACAGGCCCAAGACACUAAAUCAACUCAUGAAAAUAAGGAAGAAAUUAUUAUAGAAGUGCAAGUCUUAAAACCAAGCUCACAGGAAACAGAAGACUCUAAGAUUGAGAAUGAAAUUAAAUCAUCAUUGCCAAUAGAACGCAACAUACCAUUCAGAGAACCAUCAGCUCCACUUGAGAAAGUCGAAGAUGUGGAAAUUAAACCAAUAGGUGAAAUUAUUUCCAAAACUCGCACAGAAAAUACCGAAAUAAUAACAACUUCAUUAGAUAAACCCACUACUGGAUUGAGUACACAAACAGCAUAUAACAGAAUUGAGAAUAUAGUGACAGUGAAUAAAACAACCAAAACAUUAGAUCCAACGUAUGACCAGCAUGCCCCACUCGGCAUUCCGACUGUUAAAACUUAUUUCGCUCCUACAGACAGGUUAUCAACGUCUCCUUAUCAACCAGUUUAUGCUCCCGAAACUCAAACUGAAAGAAGACACAGUUUGUUACUUGACCGGCUCAGUGUCGAUCGUCAAAUGCCACCCGCAGAACUUUACCAAACUAACUAUCAGACUUAUGAACAAAAUCAGUGGUCUCAAGAACCUCAAUCUGAAGUUCUAACAGUUAGCAAUGUAAAACCUAGUACAAUUACAAAGAACCAGCAAUGGUAUCAACAGACGAGAAAAGAAGAAGUAUCUUAUGAUACUACCCCACCAACUAUUAAUGCGCCCACUCAAGACUGGAGUACACCAAUACAACAAAGGCAAACACCCCAACCAUCUCAAACUCAGUUCCAAUAUCAACCGCAGACACAGUCAUCAUACAUUGAUAAACAAGACACUUUUACCUCUACAUUGAAUAACUCCAGCACUUAUCAACAGAGCACGUACCAACCGAGCUACACGCCGAAACCAACCAGCUGGGUAGGAAAUAAUGCCAAUUUACCAAAAACGGUUCCCACUAUAAACAAGCCACCGAGCCAGUAUUCAUAUGUAAACAAAGAACCAACAGAAACAUACCAAGCACCGCCUCAGCCAUAUUCAUCUUCCUAUAUUCCACCUCCGUGGGAACAGGAUUCCAACUAUGUGCCGGAAAGUUUGAACACAUCUUACUACACACCACCGCCAAGCAAUACGUUUACCAGUAACGCUACACCAGCUUGGACACCGAAGCCAACUAGUAAAUUUACAAAACCUAAACCAACAUCAUACAUACCACCUGCACCGAAUCAAUCUUUCGUCAAACCAGUGACUGCGGCCGAUCAACCAAAAUUGCCUGGCCGUAAAACAUACUACAGUGAAUACGAGAGGCGUUAUAUCUCAGUACCAGAAUCUACAUACAUACCGACAGAGAACAAGUUCCAAGCGCAGCCUGAUCCCUCACCACAAUAUUACUAUGACAAUAACGAACCAAAAGAAACCGUGGAGCACGAGUGGCGAAAAGAGUUACGAGAAUUUUCUGAGAAAACACAGAGUCAAACUAACACUGAGCAAACAUCAGUGAGACCUCCAUGGGAAGAAGAUCCUAAAUAUUACGUUCCUACAGUCACUACUGAGUAUACUCCCACACCUACGUGGAGUCAAACUUUAAGACCUAAUUCAUGGCGCGACAGGAGCUUCGAAUCGGAGUUUGGAAGAGCGAAGGAAUUAUCAAGGACAAACACGUUAGGUCGUGGACGUCCUCAGAGCUCAUACGUGAAGAGCAACGUUAGUACUCUUAUCCCGGAGAGGACUCGUGGAGUAUCAGUGGACAGAUAUAAUCCAAAUAAUUAUAAGUCUCCAGUACCGUCUGAAUAUCCUCCAGUUCAGAGUCACACUUUAGACCCAUCCGUUGGCGCGAAGACAUAUCUUAACCCGAAUGUUCCGGCUUAUCACUCCCGAGCCUCUGCUGAACCUAGAGAGCAAUCGGCAGCUUUCCCCCAACCCCGGCACUACGCGGAAGCGCGGGCACCGCCUCUACAAUCAAGAUCCUUUAAGUACCUCCAAUGGAUAACUGGAACUGAAGAUUGAGCCAAAAAUAAUAUACUAUUAGCUUAAGGUAUAUACAAAGAUCUAGAGAUGAAAUGUUAUGCAAAUGUACAGCGUUAAAAUGAAUUUCCAUUUUUCAAGUUCACUAAAUGAAAAGUGAGGAUAUUUAAAAUGAAAAGAUUCGAAAAAGAACGAAAUUUUAGUUUCUAAUUAAUGUAAUUUUCACUGUAAAGAUUAAAAUUAAUUUUAUUUGGAAUACAAUUGUGAAUUUUAACACGUGUCAAAAUUUUUAGUGUGGUAAAAUCAUGACAAAGUUUUUAAAUGUUACAUUUUUGCUGAGAAUCUGUUGGACUUCAGAUAUUAUUGCUAUGUGAUAUUUUCGUAUACCUAAUUUGCUAACCUAGUCAUUGGGGACAUCUAUAGUUACUAUAUUUAAGGACUUAAAGCUUUGUUUUUUAAUUACGUACUUACAAUUAUUUUUUAUUUCGUUUUAAUGAUUUUUUUAUUUAACAUUAGUUUAGUUUGUACAUUACUGCAUACCGGCUUUUAUUUAGUUAAAACUCGUGUUAUGUACAUUUUGUACGAUUUAUUUGAUAAUACUGUAUCAUAAUAACACUAGUAAAUAUCACAUCAAACGUUUAUUUCAUAAGUUUUCGUUAUUGUAAACUUCCACAGUCUAGAUGAGUCAUUUUAAAAGUCAUUUUUGACAUAUAUCAAUUUUAUAGUGAGGUGAACUGCUUAAAAACAUCAUAUAAAGUAAACGAAUCGAUACAAACAUCAAACAUAUAAUAAUCGAAUUCAGUUGUUAUUAAAAAAAAAACAUGUUUUUACGAUAUUCUUGUAACAUCAAAGAUCGGAAAUGUGUUCGUUGACGCAACAUUGUAAUGACGUUCGAUUGAUAUUACAUUGAAUUCAAAGCGGUUAGUAAUUCUUCUAAAAAUAAAUAAUAGCCCGCUGUUUCAAGGUUACGUUGACAACUUUCAAUGAACAGUCACUGUGACUUAUUAAAAUGGCUCAUCUUUAAACACUUGUAUAAAAGUAUAAUGCUAUCCCUCUUAAUCUCUCAGGAAAAAAAGAGACAGUUUUUGUACAAGUGUAAGGGAUAUUCACGGUAAAUGCAUGGAUGCAUCCAUUAUGUAACAGUUUAAACAUUUUUUAUAUUUUAAUUUGUGAAAACGUUGUUGAGUUUAUUUAAUAAAGACUUAA